AUGUCCUUCUUAUACUCCCAUCCUCCGGGUGCGUCCCAGGUGGGAACAACAGUCACCCUUGCACGUGACCGGCACCGUCCCAAGCCCUUAGUAAGCGACUUGGUCCUUACAUGCGAUUUUCCAGAUUCUGAGAGAGGGGCUCAGACGUCCGCUGACUCAGCGCGGCAAAACCUUGUGCACCAAAUCUGCAUGUUCCAUCAUCUGGUGCCAACAUCCAUCAUCGGUUGUCUGGAUCUUCAAACACACGCCAUGUUCAAGAAAUUCUCUCACGAAAACAUCAACUCCAAGGCCAACGUCAAGUCGUCGUCGCAGCGGGCUCUCAAGGCCAAGCUCGUGGCGCAAUUCCCCGAUAUGGAGCCUGUUGUCGACCAGAUUAUCCCCAAAAAGGCCCAGCUGGUCCACGUCAAGUGCCAGGACCGGAUUUCUCUGUACACCAUCGACGGUAAAGUCAUGUUUUUCCAGCACUUUGACGACGAGCUGGUCCCCUCGCUACACCUGGUCCACCAGUUCCCCCAGUACUUCCCCUCGAUAAAGACAGAUCGAGGCGCCAUCAAGUUUGUGCUCUCUGGCGCAAACAUCAUGUGCCGAGGCCUCACAUCCAAGGGCGCAGAGCUGCCCGACGAGCCCAUGGAGAAGGACCAAAUUGUGAUUGUCAACGCCGAGGGCAAGGAGCACGCGCUGGCGGUGGGCAAGCUGACCAUGUCCACCAAGGAGAUUGAGGAGGUCAACAACGGCAUUGGAGUGGAACUUUUGCAUUAUCUGGGCGACGGUCUGUGGUCUCACCAUGAGUAG